CACAUUCUGUCCCGUUAGUAGGCUACUCUCGCUACACAAAUACUGCACUUUGUCUUUCUGUAAACACGAAUCGGACAGAGCGAAGGUCGAUAAUCCAUCCAUACGGUUAAACGCUGGAGCAAACCUGUUCUUGUAUUAGUCAGCUCUAAUCCAAACGAGUGGGGAUCUAUUCAUCAUCAUCAUGAACUUUCUCCUGGAGACUCUUCAGGUGCUCUUGAUGUCACUGGUUUACAGCUUAGAAGCAUUCGUUAGGUUAUUUAUACCGCCUCGAAAGAAGAAUGUGUCCGGGGAGAUCGUGUUGCUGACCGGGGCGGGCAGUGGCAUAGGUCGCCUCAUGGCCCUGGAGUUCGCGCGCCUGGGCGCGCAUCUUGUGCUGUGGGAUAUUAAUGAGGACGGUAAUAAAGAGACUGCUCGUAUGAUUAAAGAAACGCACGGAGCACGAGCUUACACAUAUACCUGCGACUGCAGCGACCGGGAGGAAGUGUACAGAAUCGCAAACCAGGUAAAGCGUGAGGUUGGUGAUAUCACAAUUUUGAUAAAUAAUGCAGGAAUUGUUACUGGGAAGAAGUUCCUGGAAUCUCCUGAUUCACUCAUAGAGAAGUCUAUGGAGGUCAAUAGUCUGUCACAUUUCUGGAUGUACAAGGCAUUUCUGCCAGCAAUGAUUGCUGCUAAUCAUGGCCAUUUGGUCAGUAUUGCAAGCUCCGCUGGACUUAUUGGAGUAAAUGGACUGGCAGAUUAUUGUGCAAGUAAAUUUGCUGCAGUUGGCUUUGCUGAGUCUAUGGCACUAGAGCUGCUGGCCAUGGGCUGUGAUGGAGUGAAGACCACCAUAGUCUGCCCAUUUUUCAUUAACACUGGCAUGUUUGAUGGUGCCAACACAAAAUGGCCCAGAAUCAUGCCUAUUCUUGAGCCGGAGUAUGCAUGUAGGAAAAUUGUGGAUGCUGUUAGAAGGGAACAGGUUUAUGUUUAUAUGCCUCGAAGCAUCUACAUUGCCAUCGUUUUGAAGAAACUAUCAGAAAACUACACUGGAACAUGUCUACAAUGUCAGCGCCUUCUGGAAAUUGAGAGUGCAUGUAUAUCAUACCUCACACAAUGAUUACUGAGGAGCAACAACAACUUUGUUUACUGCAGAAGCCAUACUCUGAGACCUCAGCCUUGGUCACUAAUGCUACCUGCUCAAGCAGACAUGACAAGAGGUGUCAGGGGGACAUAAACGUUGAGGCAUACAAGCUAGGCUAAAGGCAAACCCCACAAGACCGUACGGUUUGCUGAGGCGGUUUGUGUUGCUAUAUCAACAAAGAAUGGAUUAACAAUGCUUCAUAGUCUCCAAACACUGUUCGUCACUGGUAGAGGUCAUGUUUGUAAAGUGUUGACACUCCUCUCUGCUGUGGGAGUUCACAGCCAUUGUUACUGUCAUUGUGUGUUAACGCUUCACAUACUGUACAGCUCUAUCAGCAAGUAACAAACCAACAACCGUGAUAGCUUUUUUCUUUGUAACUAGUGACGUCAACCAAGAUAAGACAGUUUUGCAGAAGUUCUACCAACAUUUUAACUUUGCAAAAAGGUGAACACAUUGGACCUGGUGUACACAACCGAAAAAUAAAGGCAAAAUACUGCAUACAAACCUCUCCCCCAUUCCUGCCCCCACCCCCACCUCAGGUACUCAGAUCACAUCUUUGUCAUGCUAAUUCCAGCAUACAGACCUCUUCUCAAACUCGCCAAACCGGUUCAAAGCAUAUCACCAUAUGGCCGGAUGAUGCUGCCUCAGCACUACAGGACUGCUUCCAGGACACAAACUGGAACGUUUAAAGACACAACAUAAAACCACACAAACCUGCAAGAGUACACUGAAACAGUGACUGCUUACAUCAAAAAGUGCAAUGAUGAUCUAACAGUCACCAAGACCAUAUGUGCCAACCAGAAGCCAUGGCUGAUAGCAGAUGCUCACAGGCUGAUAAAGAUCACAUCAGGAUAUAAAGCUGCCCUCAAAACAGCAAGAACAGCAAGAGACACAUGGAGCCUGUGGCAGGCAAUUUAGACCAUCACCGA